AUGGCUAGAACCAACUUCAGAGGUGUGUCAUGUUUGCAACAAACACGGUGUUCUUUCACGUAGCGUAUCCAACAAUUUUUCAAGUUAACAUUUCGUAAAGAAUGCUCGCGUUAGGACCUAAAAAGGACGGUGGACCCAACACGAAAUUUUUUGAGUCCCAGGAAAUCCUCACACAAUUGGAUGGAAUUAAACAAUGGCUCUUGAAAACCUGCAAAAAGUAUGUCCAAACGGAUCCUCCCACUAACAAAACUUUAGCUACAUUAGUAGUACAGUUAUUGCAAUUUCAAGAAGAUAAUUUAGGAAAGAAUGUUUCGAAACCUCCAAUGACAAGACUUCCUAUGAAAUGUUUCUUAGAUUUUAAACCUGGUGGUGGCUUAUGUCAUAUUCUUGCUACAGCAUAUCGUUUUAAACAAGAACAAGGAUGGCGUCGAUUCGACUUCCCUGUUGGAAAAUCAGGAUCGCGUAUGGACAGAACAGUGGAAAUGUUAAUGGCAGCUGAACGAGCCUUGGUACAGAAUCGUUGUAUGAUUAUACCAAGUGUAUAUGUUAGACCUGAUGUAGACAAAUCAACAGCUGUAAAAGUAAAAGAAGCAGUUCGGCGACAUCAAGGUAGUAUUGUUGAAAAUGAAGCAGAUGCAACACACAUAAUUUACCCUCCAGUUGAUCCUAUGGAAGAAGAGUAUGCACGACCUUGUAUGAGACGAGAAAGAUCUGUCCUUCUUCAUUGGUAUUAUUUCCCAGAUAGUUAUGAUUCUUGGACUACAUUAGAUCUCCCCUGGGACUUUCCAGAAGGUACACUUACAAAUACAAAUAUGAAAUCAGUAUACAAAGUAUCGGCAACGUGGGCGUUAGACUUGGAUCAGUAUAACGAAUGGAUGAACGAAGAAGACUAUGAAAUAGAUGAAAACGGUCAAAAGAAAAUACAUAAAUACCGACUUUCGGUAGAAGAUUUAAUGGCUCAGCCGUCUCAUCCUCCACCUUCAGCAAAGAAACCAAAAAGAAAACGAUCUCCUAGUCCAUCACCGAAACCAGGAAAACGUAAAAGUGCGAGAGCACCAUCAGGUGUUCAAAGUACUUCAUCUUCGUCAUCACUUACGACUCCAAAAAAAUCACGUGGUGGAGGAGAAGAAGAAGAUGAUCUCACUCAAGGAAUGGAAGAUCCACCGGCGGAACCUCGGAUCGUAGAAGUAGUUGCCACUCCUACGAAUCCUCCUGUCACUGGUCAAGGUAACAUUCCAACAAGUGGUUCUACUUUGACCACAACAGGCAGUAAAAAACAAGAUAACGAACUUCAACCGCUCAAAUCUGGUAAUAUGGCAGAUUUGGAUGAGCCUAUGGAAGGAGAUAAGGGAAGUUCUCAAAGCACUCAAGAUAGGGAGGAACGAGACACAAGCAAAGAAAGAGGAGAAGCGAAUAAAGGAGACGAACCAGAAGAUAAUGUUACUGAGCAAACGCAUCAUAUCGUUGUUCCUAGUUACUCAGCUUGGUUUGAUUAUAAUUCGAUUCAUACCAUAGAAAAGAGAGCUUUAUCCGAAUUUUUUAACGGUAAAAAUAAAUCUAAAACCCCGGAAAUUUAUCUUGCAUACAGAAAUUUUAUGAUCGAUACCUACAGAUUAAAUCCUACGGAAUAUAUCACAUCGACUGCUUGUAGACGUAACUUAGCAGGUGAUGUCUGUGCAAUUAUGCGUGUACAUGCAUUUUUGGAACAAUGGGGACUCAUUAACUACCAAGUGGACGCAGAAUCAAGACCGACACCUAUGGGACCACCUCCUACAUCACAUUUCCAUGUGUUGUCAGAUACUCCCUCGGGUUUGGCUCCAGUUAAUCCAAAUCCUCCAAAAACACCACAGCCUUCUGCCGCGAAAACAUUACUCGAUUUAGAGAAAAAAUCAUCUAGCCUAGGAACAGAGGAGAAAGCUACGGCCGGGGUGAUGGCAAACUUUGGAUUAAAAAUUGAUCAGUAUUCAAGAAAACCAGCGGUUUUGAAAAAUAAACAAGCUGCUGGUGCUACUCGUGAUUGGACAGAACAAGAAACGCUGUUACUAUUAGAAGGACUAGAAUUACAUAAAGAUGAUUGGAAUAAAGUUUGCGAACAUGUUGGUUCGAGAACGCAAGAUGAAUGUAUCUUGCAUUUCUUGCGGCUUCCCAUAGAAGAUCCAUAUUUAGAAGAAGGCGGUCCAGAAGGUCUAGGUCCAUUAGCUUAUCAACCAGUACCGUUUUCUAAAGCUGGCAAUCCAGUUAUGAGUACUGUGGCAUUUUUGGCCUCGGUCGUUGAUCCCAGAGUUGCUGCAAGUGCAGCCAAAGCUGCUAUGGAAGAAUUUGCAGCCAUUAAGGACCAAGUACCAGCAGCCUUACUAGACCAACACUUGAGAAAUGUUCAAGCUAGUGCCAAUUCUGAUGGGAAAUUUGAUCCAGCUGCAGGACUAGCACAAUCGGGUAUAGCUGGGACGGGACCACCCGAACCUCCAGAUGAUACAACACCAGCUUCAACUACUGGAAAUGUACCAGCAACAGUGGCUACAUCUCCACAUUCGGCAACAACAGCUUCUAUAGAAAUGAAAAAAGAGGAACAAGAAAAACCUAAAGAAUCUGAAAUUGACCAAAGUCAAUUAGAUAUAGCAAAGAAAGAAGAUGAGCUAAAAGAAACCGAAGAAGAUACAAAAUCAACUGUGGAUGCUGAGUCUAUGGAAGCGAAAGAAAAGAAAGAUAAGGUGGUACGAGAUGCUCAACUCCAAUCUGCAGCUGCAGCAGCAUUAGCGGCAGCUGCUGUUAAAGCAAAGCAUUUAGCAGCUGUAGAAGAACGUAAAAUUAAAUCUUUAGUGGCAUUGCUUGUUGAAACGCAAAUGAAAAAAUUGGAAAUUAAAUUACGUCAUUUUGAAGAACUGGAAACUACAAUGGAACGAGAACGUGAAGGUCUUGAAUAUCAGCGACAACAACUCAUUACAGAAAGACAACAGUUUCAUUUGGAACAGUUAAAAGCUGCGGAAUUCAGAGCUAGACAACAAGCACUUGGACGUUUAGCCCAAGAGCAGCAACAACAGCAACAAAAUCAACAUCCUACAUGGCAACCUGCUGCACAACAACAACAGCAACAGCAACCGCCAAGUCCACAACCGCCAGGUCAACAACCACCACCGCACACGCCUCCGCAACAGACAUAA